AUGACAAACACGACUAUCACAUUCGAUAUCCCGGGCACGGUGCAGCUAGUCGACACACAAGGCGUCCUCGACGUGAAGCAUGGCUCGGAGCACACCAACAUCGUUCUUGUUCCACAACCGAGCAGCGACCCGAACGAUCCGCUAUCAUGGACGCGAAAGCGCAAGACGUUCAACAUCUCCUGGGUCAUGAUAUGGUGCUUCUUCGGCGCUGCAAUCAUAUCCGGCCUGUCUCCCGCCUACCUGCAAAUCGAAGCAGACACCGGCAUUUCUGUAGCAGACCUUAGCACUGGCAAUGGCCUCAUGUUCCUCUUUCUCGGUUGGGGCACUCUGCUCACCCAGAACUUCGCGCUCAACUACGGAAGGCGCCCGACUCUCGUUUAUUCGAUUGUCGCGAUGACCUUUAUCAGUCUCUGGACUGCCUACGUCAAGUCUCGAGCCGAGUUCUUUGUUAAUCGCAUCAUCAUUGGCAUUGUCUCUUCGCCAAUGGAGACUCUGAUCGAAGUCGUAAUUGACGACCUGUAUUUCGUCCACCAACGAGGCUUCUACAUGGGUAUCUACAGUUGGAUGUUGUGGUGUGGUGCCUUCCUCUGCCCAGUCGCUACAGGAUUCAUCGCCGAAGACCUGGGUUGGCGUUGGAUCCAGUACAUCCUAUCCAUUACAGGUGGCGUAAUAACCAUUCUGACAUUUCUCUUCUUCGAAGAGACCAUGUUCUGCAGGCCUAGUUCACAAGUCGAUGUUGGUGGCAUCACCGAUCAGCAGCGGGGGCUCUUUGAUAGCGACAAGAGCGCAAUCGAUACCGAGCGGACCGAAGACCAGAAGCCUCAGCCUGCGGAAGUUGGCGGGUCUCUGGCUCUCAUCCUUGGCAACCCACCAUACAACUUUGGCUCCAACGUUAUCGGCCUCUUUUACCUUGCUUCGGUGAUUGGAGUAUCGAUCGGAUGUCUGAUAUCAAGCUUGGCGAGCGAUACUUUGUCAGUGUGGAUGGCCCGCCGACAUGGAGGAGUAAUGGAACCAGAGCAUCGUCUUUGGUUAUGCUUCCUGGCUAUUGUGGCCCACCCUGUCGGUUGCAUCCUAUACGGCGUGGGGGCUUCAUACCAAAUCCACUGGGUCGGUAUUGCUUUCGGGCUGGCCUUGAUCUCUGUCACUCUCCCUCUGGGAACCAGCAUGGCGUUCACAUAUAUCCUCGACAGCUUCAAGGACCUCGCUGGCGAGGGCUUCGUGUCAGCUAUCCUUAUUCGCAACACGAUGGCAUUGGUCUUCGCGAUGCCUUCAUAG